AUGUUCUGUGGUAGUAGCAUAGGAACCGUGGGUUACCGUGGAAGCCUGGUGGGUCUGUAAUAACAAUUCUGUGCGAUUUUACGUCGUUUAGCCGGUAGUUCAUUGAUACUGAGGGCAUCUGGUGCCGUACCAUCGGUGCGCAAGAAUGGGCAUCAACUUCGACGGCCCGGCCGACGAGGGACCCGGUUUCGUCGGCAUCAAGUUCUGUCAGGAAUGCAACAACAUGCUCUACCCGAAGGAGGACAAGGAGAACCGCGUCUUGCUGUACGCGUGCCGCAACUGUGAUUACCAGCAGGAGGCUGACAACAACUGCAUCUACGUGAACAAGAUCACCCACGAAGUCGAUGAGCUGACGCAGAUUGUCUCGGACGUGGUGCAUGACCCGACGCUGCCACGCACCGAGGACCACACCUGCCCAAAGUGUGGCCACCGUGAGGCUGUCUUCUUCCAGGCACAAUCCCGGAGAGCUGAGGAUGAAAUGCGGCUGUAUUAUGUGUGCACAAACACAAACUGCACUCACCGGUGGACUGAGUGAAACAACCUGAGAAGCUUGCCCAUCUUUUCAAAGCAGCGUGUCCUGCUGUUAGCUUUGUACAUAAGCAUCAUGAAAUAAAGUUUUUUUUUUUUUU